AGGUUUCCGCUUCCGCUCUAGCUAGUUGUGUGCGCUCCGACCGGGUCGCGCGGUUAGGAUGGCGGCUGGGUUAGACAGUGGUGGGCCCAACAGCUACCGCUCACCGCUUGCUUCCCGCUACGCCAGCCAGGAGAUGUGUUUCGUGUUUAGCGACAGGUACAAAUUCCGGACAUGGCGGCAGCUGUGGCUUUGGCUGGCGGAGGCCGAGCAGACAUUGGGUUUGCCUAUCACAGAUGAACAAAUCCAGGAAAUGAAAUCAAACCUGGACAACAUCGACUUCAAGAUGGCAGCUGAAGAAGAGAAACAAUUACUACAUGAUGUGAUGGCUCAUGUGCACACGUUUGGCCACUGCUGUCCAAAAGCUGCAGGCAUUAUUCAUCUUGGUGCCACCUCCUGCUAUGUUGGAGACAAUACAGACCUGAUUAUUCUUAGAAAUGCACUUGACCUGCUUUUGCCAAAGCUUGCUAGAGUGAUCUCUCGGCUUGCUGACUUUGCUAAAGAACGAGCCAAUCUACCCACGUUAGGCUUUACACAUUUCCAGCCUGCUCAGCUGACCACAGUGGGGAAACGUUGCUGUCUUUGGAUUCAAGAUCUUUGCAUGGACCUGCAGAACUUGAAGCGUGUACGAGAUGACCUUCGCUUCCGGGGAGUAAAGGGCACCACUGGCACUCAGGCUAGCUUUCUGCAGCUCUUUGAGGGAGAUGACCAAAAGGUAGAGCAGCUUGACAAGAUGGUGACAGAAAAGGCAGGAUUUAAGAGAGCUUUUAUCAUCACAGGGCAGACCUAUACACGAAAAGUGGAUAUUGAGGUGCUGUCUGUGCUGGCUAGCUUGGGAGCAUCAGUGCACAAGAUGUGCACUGACAUACGCCUCCUGGCACACCUCAAGGAGAUGGAGGAACCCUUUGAAAAACAGCAGAUCGGCUCGAGUGCAAUGCCAUACAAGCGGAACCCCAUGCGCUCGGAACGUUGCUGCAGCCUUGCCCGUCACCUGAUGACCCUAAUCAUGGACCCGCUGCAGACGGCAUCUGUACAGUGGUUUGAACGUACACUGGAUGAUAGUGCCAACCGGUCAGUGGCAUGGGACAUGACAUACAGCAAACGUAUCUGUUUGGCCGAGGCAUUUCUUACUGCAGAUACUAUAUUGAAUACUCUGCAGAACAUUUCUGAAGGAUUGGUGGUGUACCCCAAAGUAAUUGAACGACGCAUUCAGCAAGAGCUGCCUUUCAUGGCCACAGAGAAUAUCAUCAUGGCCAUGGUCAAAGCUGGGGGUAACCGCCAGGAAUGCCAUGAGAAAAUCAGAGUGCUUUCCCAGCAGGCAGCUACUGUGGUUAAGCAGGAAGGGGGUGACAAUGACCUCAUAGAGCGGAUCCAGGCUGAUUCCUACUUCAGUCCCAUUCACUCUCAAUUGGACCAUUUGCUGGAUCCUUCUUCUUUCACUGGUCGUGCAUCCCAGCAGAUACAGAGAUUCUUAGAAGAGGAGGUAUAUCCCUUGUUAAAACCAUAUGAAAAUGUGAUGAAGGUGAAAGCAGAAUUAUGUCUGUAGAUUUGGAAGAGAAUUAAAGCGAAAAAUCAUUGGUGA